CAUAAAAACAUGGCCACUGCCAUUCCGGAGGUGGAAUGUCUUUUGCGUGAUGCGAGUGUUGCCUUUAAAAAGAAGUUUGGAUGUGACCCACAAGUGGCAGCGUGCGCCCCAGGCAGGGUCAAUUUAAUUGGUGAACACACCGAUUACAACGAAGGGUUCGUCUUCCCCAUGGCACUGCCUAUGGUAACCGUUGUUGUGGGUAAUAAAACCACAAGUGGAACCUGUCGUGUGUUGACGUUGGCCAAUGGAGUCGAUGAACCCAAGUCCGUUGAGUUUCCCUGCCCAUCAGCUGAUUCACCACUGACACCAGGAAAACCUCACUGGGCAAACUACGUCAAGGGUGUGGUCGCCAACUUUAUAGGAAAGGUCCCUUCCUUCGAUGCCGUGAUUUUGACGUCAGUGCCAAUUGGCGGGGGAGUGUCGAGCUCUGCCUCCAUAGAGGUCGCCACCUACAUGUUUCUGGAGCAGGUCUCGGAGACUGCAGGCGAGGUGAAGCCCAUGCAGAAGGUGUUGGCGUGUCAGAAAGCGGAACACGAUUUUGCCGGCAUGCCGUGCGGUAUCAUGGAUCAGUACAUCGCCGUGAUGGGGAAAGCAGGACACGCCCUGUUGAUAGACUGCAGGUCACUCGAUGGACAUUUGGUGCCCAUGGCUGACCCGAGUGUUGUGAUACUGGUCACAAACUCAAACGUCAAACACGAACUGACCGGCUCCGAGUACCCAACUCGUCGACGCCAGUGCGAAUGGGCUGCCACGCUGAUGAAGAAGAAAAGUUUACGAGAAGCUACAGAAAAGGAUCUCACAGCGUUUAAAUCGGAGAUGGACGCGGAGAUGUUUCGGAGAAUCCGCCAUGUCAUCAGCGAGAUCCGUCGAACUGAGGAGGCGACGAAAGCACUGGAGCGUAACGAUUACAAGACAUUCGGAAAACUGAUGAACGAAAGUCACAUUUCACUGAGAGAUGAUUACGAAGUCUCCUGUACAGAGCUGGACCAGUUGGUUGAUGCAGCCCUUGAAGUGGAUGGUGUUUACGGGUCUCGGAUGACAGGAGGGGGGUUCGGGGGGUGUACUGUCACCCUGGUGAAGAAGGAGUCUGUAGAAAAAGCAAUCGCUCACAUUAAGGAAAAAUACAAUGGCAGCCCUACGUUCUACAUAUGCCUCCCAGCUGACGGGGCACGAUCAUUGAAGUUAUGAAGAGGAGAAGAAGAAGAACUUUACAUUCGCUUAAUAGUACGCUUUAGUGGGGUCCACAAGCAGACUUUGUAUAUAUGUAUGUGUAGCUUGCAUUGGGUUAGGGUUAUUUUGAUAUUGUGUAAAACAUUCGGUUACAGUAUUUCUUUUCUACUUCACCUGGGGCCUAAUUCACUAAACUCUCGCAACUUUGCGAUCUCGCAGUGCAAUGUUAAAAGACUUGCAAAGAGGAUGCUUUGUUGUCUAGCAGAGCCUAAGAGACUCCAUCUUCAUAAA